AGUCUUGCACAGGUGCACCAGCUCCUCCCCUCGUCUUGCACAGGUGUACCGGCUCCUCCCCUUCAGUCUUGCACAGGUGUACCGGCUCCUCCCCUUCAGUCUUGCACAGGUGUAUGGCUCCUCCCCUUCGGUCUUGCACAGAUGUACCGGCUCCUCCCCUUCAGUCUUGCACAGGAGUACCGGCUCCUCCCCUUCAGUCUUGCACAGGUGUAUUGGCUCCUCCCCUUCAGUCUGCAUAGGAGUACCGGCUCCUCCCCUUCAGUCAUGCACAGGUAUACCGGCUCCUCCCCUCGUCUUGCACAGGUGUAUCGGCUCCUCCCCUUCAGUCUUGCACAGGAGUACUGGCUCCUCCCCUUCAGCCUUGCACAGGUG